GUUUUGGACUAAUUCCUAUCCUUUGGAGUUGGAUUUAUGGCAUGAGACAGAUGGAUACGAUUUAGAGAAGAAGACCACAGAUUAUUUGCAUAAGCGACAAAAUGAAAUAAAAUUGAGUCAUCAAAUAUUUCGAAAAAGUUUGUCAUCAGAUGAAUUGAAAAGCCUAAAUGAGUGUGUUAUCUCCAUGAUCUUUAAAAGUACUAUACCUGAUAGGACUUUUGACAUGAAUCGUCAAUUUAUGUAUGUUUUUGACAAAGAGGAUGCAACAAUAAUUGAUUCUCAUUCCAAUCAUCCUUUAAACGAACUGAGAGAUAUCGUAUCAGCUGUUUUUAAUAAAAAAGAGUAUUCAAAUGACACUAAAGCAAAAUUAUACAUUAAAAUGCUCUUGGAAUAUACAAAAACAGUGGAAUUCAAUAUUAU